ACAAAAAACAUCCGCACAAUAUGAUGCUGCCACCACCGCGCUAAAUUUGAUGUCAUGGUAUUGGCUGCCUGGUUUCCUCCAGACAUAAAGCUUGACAUUGAGGCCAAAAAGUUCAAGCUUUUGACCCAACAAAACAAUGCAUUUGUGACCAGUUUUUAGAGAUUAAUUUCUUCAGGCAUAGUUGGUUUCAGUGUUUUUCUUAAUAUAAAUAUGGAGAACGUCAUCCUCAGUGCACCAUUUCACAGCAAUAAUAGAACUAACAGAAGAUCUGAGGCUUAAGCGCUGCAUGUAACUCCCCUCCUGUAUCCCUCUGCUUGCUUCAGACACCAGUCACCUACUGUGCUGCCAAUACUUCAGAUCUUGAGUGUGUGGUGCAGCAUGUCAAAGGGCUCUACCCCAGUGCUCCUGUGCUUGGGGCUGGUGUGUCUUUGGGAGGCAUGGUGUUGUUAAACUACCUAGCCCGUAAGCGCACCGAGUCAGGAUUGGUUGCUGGUAUCACCAUUUCCGUACCCUGGGAUGCGUUGAAGUUCUCCAGCUCGAUGGAGGAACCGCUCAACUGGCUGCUCUUCAACAGGCACAUCACGAAAUCCUUGCACCAAAUUCUCAACAGGCACAGGAAGAUUUUAGAGAAAGUGGUGGAUGUUGACUAUGUCCUGAAGGCUCGGACCAUCCGUGAGUUUGACGAACGUUUCACGUCUCUGAUGUUUGGUUAUAAUUCAUGUAUGGAUUAUUACCGCGAUGCCAGCCCAGGCAAAAAGCUCCCCAAUACAGCCGUACCCAUCCUGUGUCUCAAUGCCGCUGAUGACCCUUUUUCUCCACAAUCUGCCUUCCCAGUGUCUAUAGUCCAGGAUCUUCCUCACGUCGCCCUGGUAUUGACGGCACACGGGGGACACAUUGCCUUCUUGCAGGGUUUUUUCCCUCGAGGCGAGAACUACAUGGAGCGCCUGUUUGGCCAGUUUGUGCACGCAGUCUUUGAACACCCGAAGGAAAUAAAGCAAGCCUGUGGUAUCAGAGAGGAGCAGAUGAAGGACUAAUGAGCAAUAUGAAGGCACUUACACUGAAGUAAUACAACAUUUGCAGCUGCAACUCUGCUCAUCUACCUCAUGACCUCAGGUUCAUGUUCUGUAGACAGUCAAAUUUUCCUAUGAUUACACUUUGCAUGCUGUAGAGUGUGGAUUGGACACCAGUGGUUAACGAGCUGACACUGUGUAAAGGCCAGUAACACCCUAUGUGGUGUUUCAGAUAAUUGUAUCUGCUGCCAUAAAGUGUAAUAAUGAAUUGUAAUCGUAUUAUGAGGACCAGAUCACUAUGUAUGUGUGCUGAAUGUAUUUUUAU